AUGAUCUCCCCGCUGGUUUCCUUUCAAGCCUUCCACGACUUCAUCACGGUUGAGCGGGUGCCGGCUUUUGUGGAGCGCAGCCUGACCCCUGUCGACAAGUCUUUGUCAAUUCUGUCCCCUCUCGAGGUCUUUUGCGACUCCAAGCUCAUCAACCCUUUCCACGGCCUCUUCUCGCCCACCAAGGACUCGGAAUUCGAGACUCAGCCGACAGAGGCCAUCGUCUCGGCUUACUCCACGGCCGACCUCCAGCGCGAGAUCUUCAAGGCUUCGGCCCGUCUGCUGUACUACUUUUCCUCGUCCAACUUUGGCCUGAUCUUCACUCGCUUCAAGGCCAAGCUGCUUUCCUUCCAGGGCAGCAGCUCCGAGAACAUUGCCGAUCCCGAGAUCUUUGAGUUCCGAAUGCUGGAGUGGUUCAACUUUGAUCGAUAUCGCCUCGGUCUAUUCAUUUCCGAAAUCCACCAGUUCUUCCCCAGCCUAUCCAACUUUGCACAGGGUCUUGCCUCGUCGCUGCUCACCCGUGCCGUCAUGAACUGGAUCGACGCCUAUCCCGGCGAGUACAACGCCCUCUACCGAACAAAGGGCCGGUUUGAAGGCGCCCCCGAUCUCAUGUUCGAUCUGCUUGGCCAGGCCGCCGAAAGCACCGGUCGCAAGGCUGUCUUCUGGCCCUCCAUGUCGGCACUGCUGUGUCUCUGCCCAGAGACCUUUGUGGACAUGGCCAAGACGACCCUGACGGCCGAGACGUCCUUCAACCGCGUGCACUGCACCAAUGCCCAAGGCGUCUAUCUCACCCCCACCGAUCGACGUCGAUACUUUUUUGACGAUCUCAAGUUUGGCAUUCGUUCGACGAUCCUCUAUGAGUCCGCGGCCUUUUGCAUCUCAACCCUGCUCAGGGGCGCCACGGUCCUCUCGGAUCACGACCAACAGCUCUGUCACAACCUCGUCAACAUCUUUGACGAGGAUUGCCGGGCCCACGUCUUCAAUCCGAAGGUCCUGUCCUACAACCCGCUCGGGUCGGACUCGGACAUCUUUGACCUGACCAUCCCGGCCAGUAUCCUCGCCAAUGCCUCUGGGCAAGUCAGCGCCCCGGUCGUCGAGCAGUAUGAUAGCUAUCCCCAUCUGGAGAUGACAACUCGAAUCCUGCGUAUCUUUGUGAAGUGCCCGAUGCUGGUAUUCAGUCAACGGGAUGGUCAAUACAUCAGCUUUGACGACUUCAGGGGCUUUGUCGCCACCGUGUGUCUUGGUGUCUUGGACAUGAAUCGCGUCAUCCGCACCGAAGCUUCCAAGCUACUCUCCAUCAUGGUUGAGCCCAAGUGGAUCAGCUACUGGGAUGAAAGCCGCAACCUGCAAAAUCUCCCUGAAGCCGAGGCUGUCGCCAAGCGGAUGCGACACUACUGGAUUCUAACUUCGACCAUCCUUGGCAUCAUCGCCCGACACCUUAUCGAGUUCCGUGGCGAUGUCUUGGAUCCCACCAUGACCGGCAUCGUGAUCGCAAAGAACGCACACAGCCUGAUCCACACGAUUCUGACCAAGCGCAACGUCUACCUCAAGCAGAUCAAGAAGGAGUAUGCCACCAUCGGCUACGGCAGCGUCGAGCACCUCGCGGCCAGCAAUUGCCUUGAGACCCUCUAUCUACUGACACUGGCGCACUGCGAGCCUGAUGUGGCUCAGAGCGCCAUCAAGGGCAUUGGCUUGUGUAUCGAAGAGCUCGAGUACAUCCAGGUGAUCUCGGACGGCUAUCUGACACAACCAUACAACGGACUGGGCUUUGUCGAUAACCUCUCGACCUACAAAGACCUUGUCGAGGAGCUCGGGCAGGAAGCAGUCAUUGGCCAAAAGGCUCUCCAGAAGCGUAUCCGUACCAUCAUCAAGAACAUCAGCCACUCGACCAUGGCUACGACCUGGGCCUUCAGCGAAAUGUACAAACGCUGGAGAAUCCUGACCGGCAUGCUCGUCCACAAAGUCUCCGGGCCGGACAAGCCUGCGGUCCCAAACAUGCUCGCGGUGGCUCCUUCUGCGCCUGGCCCCCAGGGCCAAGGCAAGGAGCAGCCCGUGGCGCCUUCCAAGCCCACACCGUCGAUCACUAUCGAGGGGAUCGUUCCCGCCGCGCGAUUCUCUGGCACAGAUCCAGAGUAUCUCGAGGACAACGGCCAGUGGGUCAACUACACCGGAUUCUUGUGCACGAUCGGACACACCCUAACUUCAAAUCCAACGUCGCUUCGGUUGCAACGAGCGAACCCCUCGAGCCUGCUCCGAACUUGCAGGCCGCGUCGCAGCUUGGCGGUCAGAUCCCCGCGCUUUGUCACCGAUAUGACCGAGCUGCUUGUCUGCGACAGCAAGUAUGUCCGAGGCAUUGCCCGAGAGCAUGUUGGCGGAAGCUUCUCGCACUCGCUCUGUGGUAAGUACCGUGACUCGAUCGGACUGAUCAACAACUACUAUCUGGCCGACAACGCCGCCUCCGAGGACUACGUUACCGGCGAACGCGCCUUGGUUUUUGUCGAGGCCUCGAUUGUGGCUCUCAAAACCAUCUUUGAGCGCUCAGAAGAGUUUGGCCGGAUGAACAACCUCGUCAACUUUGACUUUGGGCAGCUCAUCACCUUCUUUGUGCCAUAUCUCGACCGACUGCACACCAAGAGCAGCCAGGCCGUUGCUCUCCGCGUCAAGUGCAGACUGGCCCAGGCCGUUGAGCAGCUCGUGACCCACAAGUACUGCCUGGGUCUGAGACAAGAGAUCAAGUUCAGAAACGCAAUGACGCGCGUCUUUAUUGACUGGAACUCGGACUACUCGCUGCUGAACGAGGUGUGUUCCGCUUUGAUUGCGCCCUACACCGAGCCAACGACAGUCUACUCGAAGCAGCAUCGAGAGCUCGAUACAGCCUGCCUCAAGGCCAUGGUCGUGCUGUUGCGACAUCUUCCGCUGCAGCCCGUUGCUAGGCCCGGCGCAUCCAUGACCAGUAUCUCGAGCGAUGAGACUAAGACCAAGAUCUUCUCGAGCCAUCUCGGCUUCUUCCUGCACGUCAUCACCACAUGCAACCGUGUGCUCGAAGUAAGUGCCCCCCCCCCAGACUGUAUUGUCUGCUAUGCGUUGUCGAGCAAUAGACGCGCGGGGCUUUGGUUUGCAUGUUCUGCACACGUGGCACCUAUGCGCGACUCGGCCGUGUUGUGUCUGUCGCAUCUGCUCUCGGCCAACAUCGAAAUCGGCCUCAAGUACUCGCUUCCGCUGGCGUACCACCGCGACCUCAAUAUCCGCAUGACCUUUAUCCAGGUCCUGACGACCAUGCUCCAGGACGGAACUCAAAAGUUCUCUGGUCUCGGCGAGCAGGCCAGUUUGAUCCGCGAUCGUUACAAGAUGCUGCUCGAGCUGAUUCUUGAUUCGGAGCUGACCAUCGUUCUGGGGCUCUGUCAAGUGUCCAACGUCACCGAAGUCGAGGACCUGGCCCAGACGCUCAUGAAUGUCUUCUCGGUCCGAGGCGAAGAGCUCCCGCUGCUGAAGGCUGUGAUCACUCAAGACUUGUCCAAGACAGACUCGCCCCAUGGUUUCUUCCGCUCCAACUCGGUCGCCACGCGUCUGUGGACUAUUUUCGCGCGCAGUGUUGGUGCAGAAUACCUUCAGCUCGCGAUCCAGCCCAUCCUCCUCGACCUCGUCGCCCGCAACCCGCCUCUUGAGAUCGAGCUCGAGAAGGCCGGCUCGGCCGAAAUCCAGCGGGCCAAUAUCGAGAACAUCAAGGAAAUCACCGAGCAGCUCCUGGACUCGAUCAUCCGCCACAUCAACAGCAUCCCGCCAAAGUUCCGCGAGAUCUGCGCACACGUCUCAGCAGCGCUCCAGAAAAAGUUCCCGGACUAUCCAUAUGUGGCUGUCGGCACCUUCCUCUUCCUGCGGUUCUUCUGCCCCGCGAUUGUGGCGCCCGAGUCCCACAAUCUUGUCCAGACGAUCAGCCAGCGCGAGCUGCGCCGUGGCUUGGUAUUGAUCACCAAGGCUCUCCAGCACCUGGCUAACUACGCCAUGUUUGGCGUGAGCAAUAAAGAGAAUUCGAUCGGCAUACUGGACGAGAUCCUCAAGAGCAACAUCGGCAAGGUCACCUGGUACCUCAAGGAGCUUUCGUCCUGGUCCGGCGCGACGCACGAGCCUUUGCCAGCUCCUAACCGAAUGAUCAAGUUCCCCGACUACGACUUGUUUGCUCUGCAACGACAGCUGGCCGUCAACAUCGAACGCAUGGAAGCGACGCUUGCGCAGAACUCUGUCAAUCCCGUCCUGCGCCGCCGACGCAGUACCAUCGGUCUGCAGCAGCCUGGUAAUGCUCCUCGACGCAGCUCGCAGGGUGCCAUUGACGUUUCAGGCAGCGACGAGCGUCUUGAUGCGCACAUGCAGAAGCGGUGGUACUACCAGCAACUCUCAACAAUCCUCGCCCAGCUCGACGGAGCCCGUGCUAUCUACGAAGGCGGGCGCUCCAAGUCCGGACGUCCCGUUCUGUACAUCAUCGCAAAGCGCUGCGACCUCAGUGAUCCCGAAGGAAUUAUUCAUGCACUCAACGUGGAGCUGCAGCCGCUGACGAGCUUGCCCUUUGACAUUCUGCUCGAUCUAUCGGGCUUCAAUACGUCCUCGUCGGACCGGAGCGAGGCACUCCUCUACCAGCUCACCAAUAUGCUUUCAUACGAAGUCGACCUGAACUGCCAGCAGAUCAUCAUCUACAACAUGAACAGCCGUGCCUACCAGCUGCACAUGGCAACAUCGCACUUUAUCCACCCAAAGGUUGUCUCGCGACUGGUGUACUGCUCCGGACUCGCGGAGCUUGAGGAGUACAUCGAACCUGCGCACAUGAAAAUGCCCCGCGAUACCUUUGUGGAGGUCAAGCCAUCCAAAUUCAACUUCACGACUAUGGUGUACAGUGCCUCGUCGCAUAACAUCGGCAGCUUCAUCUUGACCGCCACGGACGAGCAUAUUGUCCUGACAGGCACCAAGAAGCAACCUGUUUUCGACUCGACCGUCACUGUCUGCAACAUCAUCGACUUUAGAGAUGUUGUCGAGAUUGGUCGUGUUGGCAGCAGCCGCACGAGCGAAAGCGAAUUCCAAAUCAGCUAUGUGUACCAGCAGCAGUCCGUCCGCGGCAUCUCGCACCGUCAAACCUUCACCGAGUCCUUUUCGUCGUCCCAGCGCGAGCUGAUUGUGCGCUCCCUGCGUGCGGCCAAGUCACGGUUCGACAUUGCCAAUCCUGUCGACCAUCGUCUGACGCCUUCUCGCCAGCUGCGGCCCCAGGAUGUGCCCGCCGUCUUCCUCAACAUUUCACUCAUGAACCUCGGAAGCCGUAACUCUCUUCUCAAGUGGAUCAGCUACGACCUGCUGUGCAAGACAACUCAGGCUUACGGACUGUCGAUUGAAGGACUACUCGUCUCGCCAGAUCUUUGCCUGCCAACCAACGUGCGCGAUUUCCUCUUCAAUAUCAGCAAGUCCAUUGCCGACAAGGACAACUCGAUUGCCUUGGAUAUUGUGGCAGAGGCUCUCACGGCCUUCCAGCAGGUUGGCACGCGCAUCAAGUACCACAUCCUGGCCUACAUCAAACCCUGGCUCACCGCCUUUGGAGAGAUCAUCCCGCCCACCGCCACGCUGCCGGACUUUAGGGCUGUCGACGAAGAUCUGAAUGUUGUCAAGGCCUGCGAUAUCUUCAGAAUCAUGGUCGAACUCAGCAUGGUCGAGAUCGAUAUGAUGCCGGAGAUUGUUCAUGGGUUCUGGGCCCCCUUCGCAUCGGUAGAAGAGAUCCUGCCGCUGCUGAUCGAUGUCGUCCUCGAAGACUCGCUGCGAAGCGGGCCGUUCUCGCCGCGCACCAACACCCUGACGAUGAUCAUCAUGGAGGUGUCGGUCAAGAACAAGCCCCUGGUCUUUGGCCGGAUCCUCGGCCGGAUUCGCAAAGCCCUCCAGUACAGCUCGACAACCCCGGCGCGCUGCCUUGUGGAUCAUCCAGUCUUUGCCGAGAUCAUGACGCUGUCGCGGUACAUCCUGAACCUGUCCUUCAACGAUUCCCACAUGGCACGACAGUACCUGCCGGAUCUGUUCCACAUUGUUACCUGCUUGCUCGGGCUGGGCCCACCACUGUUCCGAUCGACAAUCCAUGGCAUUGCGGUCAACGUCGUGCAGUCGCUCUGCACCUCGACUGGCCACGCCCAUCCAAACGGGCCCCAGCUCUUCCAGAUCCUGAAGGACUUUUCCGAGUCCAAGCUGCUGACGGCCUUUGCGCUUUCGGGCUACAACCACCUCCAGUACCAGCUUGGAAGCACGAGCGUGACGGUGAACUUUACAGCCAAUACGCGCACGGGCCUAGGCUCGUCCGACAACCUCAUGGACGUCAGCCGCGAAGUGUUGCUGACCAACCUCGAGGAUGUCUUCCAAACGCUGCUCUCUGCCCUUAACCUGGCGGCCAAGGAUGCCCGCCAAGCCGCCAUGUGGAAGUCUCGAUGGAUGUCGCUCGUUUCAGGAACAGCCUUUGUGUUCAAUCCUGCGCUGCAACCGCGGACCUUUGUUGCGCUCGGAUGCCUGGCUGGGCGCGACACGGACGAUGACUUGCUGUAUCAAAUCCUCGUGGCCUUCCGCGGGUCGCUCACGCUGUACGAGGAGUUUGACGUCACUCUGCUGGUGUCGUGCUUCAUGUGCAUGGGCAACAUUGUGCGGCUGCUGAGCAGGAACUCGAGAUAUCUCAAAGUGCUCUUCUGGAUUGUGCUGUCGGCAGUGAUGAUCUCGCAUCCGCCAGUGUUCCAGGCUGCGGCAUCGGUGCUGCAGAUCCUCGUGCGCAAGCUCGAUGAGUCUGGCGCAUUCGACCAUGCACCUAUGGCCGACGUUCUUUUGGAUGCCAAGAUCCCGGCAGAGGAGUACUUUGACAAGAUCGAGGCUGCAUAUGGAAUCAGCUUCCGAAGCGACUUUGGGUUUGCUCUGACCACCGUUCUGCUCAAGGGUCUCAAGCACCCGGCAACGAAGGCAACGACGACGCUUCUUUUCACGACGCUGCUGGAGGUGCACACCCGCAAUGCCCAGCUUCACACCUUCUCGCCUGAAGGCGCAGCCGUCAUGAUUGAGACGGAUCGGCUCUACUACAUGCUCCCGCUGCUUCCAUUUACGGAGAAUCUCAAGAUACUCCUUCUGUCUGCCGGCAUUCUGGACUCCAACAGCAUCGACGAUGCCGGGGUGUUCGCUGCUGCCCCCUCUGAUGGAGAAGGCGGCAAGGACGCUCCCCGCAAGCUACGAUACCAAGGUAUCCUCAAGGCCGUCCAGUUUACCGAGCCCAAGUCGAUGAUGCUGACGCUGGCUCUACUGAUGACGAUGCUGGACAAUGCCGAGUACGACUCGGAGACACUCUGCAUCUUGGAAGCCCUCGCCGAGUGCGCCAAGUUCAUGCCUGGCAUCCUGUCGCUCCUACACGACCACUUGAUCCCAAGAGCAGUCCAGGUGAUUUCGACUUCCAAGAACGUCAAGGUGGUCGAAGUUGCACAGUCGAUCCUGAUUGUUCUGAUGCGGCAUCCGCAGUUCGGCAUGAUCAACCACGGUAACAUUGGUGGGGGAUUCGAGCAAGCCUCCCUGGGCGCCGCAGCCCCGUCCAUCACAACGACCCUCGGCGCGCUCCCGGACGAAUUCCCGCCGGCAACGUAUCUCGCGAAGCUCGGCUUCCCGGGCUUGCUGGAGUGCGGCAGUUUCCAGUCCGUCCACAAGAAGAAACGGGCCCAGCUCGUGCAGCUGGUGCUGUGGCUGACCGAGUUCUGGAUCUGA